AUGCGGGGGGGAGGCGUGGCCCCAGGCGGUGCAGUGAGCGGCGGGGCCGGGCGCGGUCGGCACGGAGCAGAGCAGCGGAGCGAGGCCGCGCCGCGUGGGGCGCCGUCGAGCGCGGCGGCCAGCCGCAGCGGCGGCGACGGGGAUAGCCACAGCGGGGACAAAGGAGGGGUGAGGGGCGUGGCCACGGGAGGAGGAGAUGGCGGGGACGAGGCGCGCCGAGGCACGGGGCCAUGGGGCGCCGGCCGGAGCGGGACGCGGGGUGCGGUGAGCGCGGUCGCGGGCGCGACCAGGGGCGAUCCCGGGCGCGGCCAACGGGCGCGCCCGCCACGGUGA